AUGAGUGCGGAGCAAGAGCAAGAUGAGGCACGGGAUGUCCUGCCAGACGCCUUACAGACAGGACGUGCAACAAGCUCCCCUGGACCUGGAUUUCGACAUCGACCACUGAGUCGUGCAGCAACUCUUGCUGAAUCGGCACCUCGAUUUUCUCGCAGGGAGAAUUCCAUAGCGUCCGAAUCUCUGUCUGACUCACGGCGAUCGUUCAAGGCGUCUACGGAUGACUUGUUUCUGCCACGAGCCACUGGCGAGCCUGAAACCAGGGAAUCCUCGAACUGGCACUCUAUACCAUUAGGUCUGGCUUUGUUACCCGCUAUUGGUGGGCUGUUCUUUCAGAAUGGUAGUGCUUUUGUUACCGACCUUACAUUGUUGGGCUUGGCUGCCCUCUUUCUGAAUUGGGCACUUAGGCUGCCAUGGGAUUGGUAUCAUUCGGCACAAGCUGUUGUGGUCAGGAGUGAAGCUCAGUAUUUCGAAUCGGUCCUCGACGACGGUAGUUCGCAAGAGAUGAGCGAUGUCAAUGUAUCACCAGAGCGAAGUCCAGACUCAGCAAAAUCUCAGCGUCUGUGGCAGGCAGAAAAGGAGCUGCGUGUUCACGAGCUAUUGGCAUUGCUUGCCUGUUUCGCCUUUCCAGCACUCGGCGCCUGGCUUCUACAUGCCAUUCGAUCGCAACUCACACGACCAUCAGAGAGUCUGAUCUCCGAUUAUAACCUGACAGUUUUCCUCCUCGCGUCAGAAGUGAGGCCACUUUCACACCUCAUCAAACUUGUGCAAGGAAGAACUUUGUUUCUACAACGCAUCAUCACUGUGACGGCCGAAGACAAGGAGAGUGAAACUGGCAGUCCUGGUGUCGACAACAUGUCAAAACGUCUAGAUGAACUAGAGGCUCGAGUUGCGAAUUCGGUUGUACUUUCCACAAAAUCUGAACCUAAUGGUCACUCCCCAACUGAGGAUCUAACUGCGAAAGUAACUGAUCAAGCCAACGCUGAACUAAGAAGAACCUUUCAGCCCGAGAUAGACGCCCUCAGUCGUGCCAUGCGUCGCUACGAGAAGAAGACGAUGACGUCUGCCAUCCAGAUCGAAGCCAGACUUCAAGAAUUAGAAGGUCGAGUUCAGGACGUGGUAAUCAUAGCAGCCGCUACACAGCGCAAUGCAGACAAACAGGCAGGCAAGUAUACAUUCAUCCUGGCAAAUUGGAUAUCAGCAUGCAUCGUGGUGCCAAUACAGUACGCAGUUUACGUAUUGACUUGGCCACAAAGGGUGUUGACGGCAGUCACUCAUUGGAUCAAAAGAAAGCUCGGUUUUACAGUCCCUCCUCCUAAGGGUCAGCAGGGUAAAAGUCCUACCAAGCUCGACUUGUCACGGCGCAAAAGCAACAAAGAGAGGUCAAAAUCGUGA